GGCAGUUUGACUAAUAUGCCACCACUUCUAAUAUACAUGUACAUUUUUAUGAUAAUUCUGCACUUGAAGACAUCAAAAAAAGAGAAAAAUGGAGGAUUCUCGGUCGAAUUCUAGGUGGAUUUUCAUAAAUCUUCUCCAUGGUGUUCUUGUUUUAUUCAUGAACAACGGCUUGGAAUCUGCAACAGCAGCUGCUACUCGUGGGAAUGAGACUGACAUACUCGCUUUGCUCGACUUCAAGAAUCUGAUAACUCAAGAUCCUCUUCGAGUCAUGAGUUCCUGGAAUGAUUCUGUCCAUUUCUGCAAUUGGAUUGGUGUUUCAUGCAGCUCAUCCAACGAUAGAGUAAUAACUUUGAACUUGAAUUCUAAAAGAUUGGCUGGUUCUAUACCACAUUCUAUAGGAAACCUCACCCAUCUGACUGGAAUCAACUUGAUCAACAACAGCUUUUUUGGUGAGCUUCCCCAAGAAAUGGGUCGUCUAUGGCGCUUGCAGCAUUUAAAUUUGACCUAUAAUUCCUUUGUGGGGAAAAUUCCAUCUAAUCUCACUCACUGUAAGGAACUUACAGUAAUUGGAGCAUCUGGCAACAACCUGGUAGGAGAGAUUCCAGAGCAGCUUAGCUCAUUGUCAAAGUUGGUUGUCUUUGCUUUUGGGGAAAAUAAACUUACAGGCAAGAUUCCAACCUGGAUAGGGAACUUCUCUUCUCUGUUUACUCUUGUACUUGCCCUGAAUAAUUUUGUAGGAAACAUACCAAAUGAGCUCGGACGGCUUUCAAGCUUGGGCUUUUUUCAGCUUUAUGGCAAUUAUCUCUCGGGUACUGUCCCUUCUUCAGUUUAUAAUCUCUCUUCCAUAUACUACUUCUCUGUUACUCAAAACCAGCUUCAUGGGCAAUUACCACAAGAUGUUGGCCUGACUCUUCCUAGCCUCAGAAUAUUUGCUGGUGGUGUCAACAAUUUUACAGGGGUGAUUCCUGUAUCUUUGUCCAAUGCUUCGGAACUUCAAGUGCUUGAUUUUGCUCAAAACAGUCUCACUGGAAAUAUUCCCAGCAAUCUAAAGAACUUGCAAAACUUAUAUAAACUCAAUUUUGAUGAAAAUAACUUGGGACAUAGGGAAAUUGAUGACUUGAAUUUUCUUAGUUCUUUGGCUAACUGCACCAGUUUAGAGGUUUUGGGUCUGGCACAAAAUCAUUAUGCAGGAGAAUUGCCCAGCUCCAUAGGUAACCUUUCAACCAAUUUACAAAUAUUCACUAUAGGAAGGAAUCUGAUUCACGGAAGCAUUCCUGUUGGGAUUGAGAACCUAGUUAACUUGUACACUCUGGGAUUGGAAGGUAACCAUCUGAGUGGAAAUGUUCCAUCUGCAAUUGGGAAACUGCAAAAUUUAGGAGCCCUGCAUUUGAAUCUUAACAGAUUCUCUGGAUCAAUCCCACCCUUCAUAGGGAACUUGACUAGAUUGACUAGGCUUUUCAUGGAGGAAAACAGAUUUGAAGGUAGCAUACCUGAUAGUCUAGGGAACUGCAAAAAUCUUCAAAACUUAAACCUCUCGAGUAAUAAUCUUAAUGGAAGCAUACCCAAACAGGUCAUUGGUCUUUCUUCCCUCUCAAUUUCUGUGGUCAUGUCUAAUAAUUCCUUGACUGGUUCCAUACCAUCAGAAGUAGGUAACUUGCGCAAUCUCGUGGAGUUGGAUUUGUCACAGAACAAACUGUUUGGUGAAAUUCCUAGCUCACUUGGCAGCUGUGCUAGUUUGGAACGCUUGCAUUUGGAGGGUAAUAAACUUGGAGGAACAAUUCCGGAGUCAUUGAAAGAUUUAAGAGGUAUAAAAGAACUUGAUCUUUCAAGCAAUAACAUGUCCGGCGAAAUUCCUGAAUUUCUCAGCAAGUUACGGGAUCUCAAGUAUCUCAAUCUUUCCUUCAAUGAUUUUGAGGGAGAGGUGUCAGGAGAAGGAAUAUUUUCAAAUGCCAGUGCCGUUUCAAUCAUUGGAAACGAUAAGCUCUGCGGUGGUAUCCCAGAUUUACAUUUGCCUUCAUGCUCCAAGAAAAAGAAAGAAAAGCCUCUGAAUCUCAAGGUGAUAAUCUCUGUAACAAUUGCGGUUGUAUUUGCAAUUGCAAUAUUAUGUUAUGUUGUCAUUUUCUGUAUGACCAAUUCCAAAGCACCUCCUUCUGAGGAUAAGCAUGUGGGUAUGUCUUACUCAGAAAUUGUGAAAUCAACUAAUGGCUUCUCUGCUGAAAAUUUGAUUGGAUCGGGGAGUUUUGGUUCUGUAUAUAAAGGAACUCUCUCUGAUGAUGGAAAAAUGGUUGCCAUUAAGGUCAUGAACCUCCAACAACGAGGUGCUUCAAAGAGUUUCAUUGAUGAAUGUGAUGCAUUGAGAAGCAUAAGACAUCGUAAUCUCCUAAGAAUUAUCACUGCCUGCUCAACCAUUGAUCAUCAAGGCAAUGACUUUAAAUGUCUGGUUUUUGAGUUCAUGGCAAAUGGAAGUCUGGACAAAUGGUUGCAUCCUAGAGCAGAUGAGCAAGAUCAAACUAAGAGAUUAAGCUUUAUCCAGAGAUUGAAUAUAGCCAUUGACAUUGCUUCAGCAUUGGAUUAUCUACAUCACUAUUGUGAAACUCCAAUUGUUCAUUGCGAUCUAAAGCCAAGCAAUGUACUCCUCGAUGAAGACAUGACAGCCCACGUUGGUGAUUUUGGAUUGGCAACGUUCCUUCUUGAAUCAUCAAACAAUCCCUCCAAAAGUGAAGCAAUUUCAGUUGUAUUAAAGGGCUCAAUUGGCUACAUCCCUCCAGAGUAUGGAUUGAACGACCAAGUCUCUGCACUUGGAGAUGUUCACAGUUUCGGGAUACUGUUGCUGGAGAUGUUUACAGGGAGAAGGCCUACUGAUGACAUGUUCAAAGAUGAUCUAAGUAUUCACAAAUUUGUUGCCAUGGCUUUGCCUGAACAUGCCAUGGAUGUUAUUGACCCAACAAUGCUUGAUGAAGAAACUGCUGAUGAUGAGACAAAUGAAGAAAAGGCAAUAGGCACAAACAGUAAUGCACAGGGCAAUGCAAGUAGAACACGAGAAUGCAUGGUCUCUGCCAUGAGAAUUGGAGUCUCCUGUUCUUCGAGCUCACCUGGAGAUCGAAUGGCUAUGAGCUCCGUUGUCAACAAAUUGCAUGACAUUAGAGAUUCAUUUCUCAGAUCAAUGUAAGUUGAGUUCAUUUACUUUCCAUUAAGAGGGAAAGUUUGUGCAUAUCCAUGGAACGAGUGGUAUUCGAUUCAAACAGAGAAAAAAUA